UAAAUAUUGGUGACGUCAGGCGGCCAAGAUGGCGGAGGGCUUCAUAUGUUUGUCCUGUAACAGGGAAGAUGGAGGCUGGUGGAGGAGCUGGCUACAGCAAAGCCUUCAAACUGUCAAAGAGAAGUCCACAGAGGCCUUGGAGUUCAUGAAGCGAGACCUGACAGAGUUUACACAGGUGGUCCAACAUGACACAGCCUGCACCAUUGCUGCCACCGCCAGCGUGGUCAAGGAGAAGCUGGCUACGGAGAACUCCUCAGGUGCCACAGAAAAGAUGAGGAAAGGGCUCUCCAACUUCCUGGGUGUCAUCUCGGAUACAUUUGCACCUUCACCAGAUAAGACCAUCGACUGUGAUGUCAUAACGCUGAUGGCCACCCCUUCAGGGACGACAGAAUUGUACGACAGUGCCAAGGCUCGGCUAUACAGCCUUCAGUCAGACCCAGCCACCUAUUGCAAUGAACCUGAUGGACCCUCUCAGCUCUUUGAGACCUGGCUUUCACAGUUCAGCCUAGAGGAGAAGAAGGGGGAGAUCUCGGACUUGCUGGUGAACAGCCCUUCCAUUCGUUCCCUCUACUCCAAGAUGGUUCCAGUGGCUGUGUCCCACUCAGAAUUCUGGCAGCGCUACUUUUAUAAGGUCCAUCAGCUGGAGCAGGAGGAGGUCAGGAGAGAGGCCCUGAAGCAGCGAGCAGAACAGAGUGUUCACUCAGAGGAGCCUGGCUGGGAGGAGGAAGAAGAGGAGUUUGUCGGCUCAUCGUCUUGCCAUCCCCACAUCCCCUUGCAGUCUACCCCAGAAGUGAAGCUGCCUCCUGCCACCACUGCCACAGCAGUGGUGAUGCCAACCCUGGAGGCAUCUGCGGAAAGCUGGGCCAUGCUCAGCCCCACCCCAGCUGAGGCUACACCAUCAGAAAGCAGCGAGAGCAUAUCCUUCAUGACUCAGAUUACAAACCCAGCUGCUGCAGUGCCCAUCGUACCUUUACAGACUGGAGUCCAGCUCUCUGGGGCAGGAGACCUCUCCUCGAGGCUGCAGGAAGCCACUACAGAACAGCAAGCCCCGCUGCCCAAGCCAGCUGAGCCCACACAACCUCCCUCGGUGCCUCAGGAGGGAAAGCCUUCACCAGAGCAUCAGCCCAAGGAGGCAGGGGAAGGCAAACAGGCAAGCCGGACAGAAGGUCCUCGAGAGGAUGGGCCAAUGGAUCUGCGCCUCUUUGAACUCAACUCAGACAGUGGGAAGUCCACUCCCUCCAACAACGGGAAGAAAGGCUCGAGCACAGAUGUCAGCGAGGACUGGGAGAAGGACUUUGAUCUGGACAUGACUGAAGAGGAGGUACAGCUGGCCCUUUCCAAGGUGGACGUCUCCGGGGAGCUGGAUGAUGAAGAGUGGGAAGACUGGGAAUAACAGCCAGGCCGUCGCUUCCCACACAAUGCAUCCCAGCCUCUUUCCCCGGCGCCCCCCGCACCCCCUCCACACCAUCCAAUGUGAAUUAAAUCACAGAGCAACCGGUUCCUUUUUCCCUGUGUACAUGUGUGUUCCGGGCUGGCUGCAUCUCAUCUCUGCUCACAUCCUUCUGGGAAAACUUGGACCACAACACUCGGAUCCUGAUGGUAGCCGGCAUCUCAUAUGGGGGGCUGAGGCACGACGGUAGGCGGGAAAGGGACUUGGCCUUAGCUGCAUCUUUCCCUUAGAACCAAUGCCCAUUCCUACCACCCCUCGGACUAAUAAUUCUUUCAGAGCUGCUGCUCCUGUGUGGAUUUCUCUUACUCCACUUUGUUCCCCUUCUUUCUUUCUCAUUAUCUCUCUUUUUAAACCCUGAGAUGAAUUUCAGUUGGUGGUGGUUUGGAUUGAAGUGUGGAAGCAACUGUCCCUGGAUUUGACUGGACUUUACCGAAUUGUUAGGCUUAUCCUGCCUGCCACUGUCUAAAUGGGCAGCUUGCUAGCUGUGCCGCCUUCUGUGUGACUAUUUCAUGAAACUCAGCGAGCUUCUAGUGAUUCCCAGAGCCAGGCCCCCUCUAUCUAUUAUGGAGAAUGCAGAUCCUAAGGAGAGAGCCUCUAGUAUGGUGUCUGGCAGCCUUUCCUGGUCUCCUCUACUCCCCAAGACCUUCACACUAUGUGACUGGAACCCAAAGUCUCCCAGGGUUUGAACAGUCCACCCACCCACACUAUUUAAGCUGCCCCUUUUCUCUGCUCUCCAAGGAAUUGAAGCACUUUUAAAAAAUAAUUAAAGUUCUUGUGCUGAAUCCUUUCUGAAGCAUGCUGCCCCACGGUGGGAGUGUUUCCCACACAAGCUCUGUUCCAACAAAUGGGGGUUUGUGCAGGAGAUGUUCCUCUUGGGUUGUGCCAGCAGUCUUUGGAGGAGGCCUCUUUCAAAAGGGCUGCUUGUGAGUGGCAGCUUCCUUGGGGCAGCCAUUCUAUGGCACUAGUUCCCCUCCACAGAAGACCACUAGCAUCUGUUUGCCUUGAAGGAUCAGCAUUUGCCAAAGCCUUGUGUCCCAUAUCUGUUCCCUUGUGCUAAUAGCAUCUGUCAAACAUCUCAUUGAAACUGUCCGAGAGCCUGUCUUGGCCAUAGCCUAAUGUUUUAAGGGUUUUUUUUAAUGGGUGUCAUCCCUUUUUUGGGUGAGUGUAUUUCCCUUUUUUUCUUUUGCCUCCCUCUCAAGAUGUGGCCAUGCCACAGUCAGCUGAGUGGAAGAGUGUGUUACUGCUAUAGCAGCUCUGGCCUAUGAUCUGAUUAGCUGUAAUGAUGCUUUUUCAAAAUGGGUCCAAACUGCAGGCUAAUUAACCCUGGGAUGAAUUGUGUGCCCUGUUGAAAUGAAUAGGAGCUGAUUUAAAUCCAUAAAAGUGCAGCAUCUCUCUGCUACCUGUUGUACUAGCAGAAGACAUGCUCGCACUCCUUCCUGAUGAGGUAAGGUGCUUGUCUUUCCUGACUUAGGGCAGGUUCCUACCAGAGGCUGUUGUUGAGCCUCUGUGAGAUUGGAAGUAUCUGAGUAACAGUACUGUAGCAGGUGUUGGUUCUUCCGAGAGCUGCUACUUGUCACCCACAGUGAGCUCCUUUCCCCUCUUCUUAGUGUCUCUGCUCACUCCUUCACCUGUUCAACAGUGCCUGGCUUCCAGAGAAUAAGGAGAUCAUUGCUGCUAAUUUAAUUCUUCUGUGCAAGAAGCAGCCAAGUGUUGUCCAAAGGAAAGUAGGCAUGAGUAGAAGCACUAGACAGUGGCUGGCACAAAGCUGUCCAUGAGCCAUUGUCAGCAUCAACAGACACUACAGUCACAUGGAGGCUCUUGAGCAUGUGGAGAGUUCAUUAUAGGCUUCUGUAUCAAAUGGACUAUAAAAAUUAAUUCACCUAACAUGGGAAUCGGCUCUAAAAACAGAAUAAUUCAAGGGAAAGGGAAUUUCUAGGUCUUUAAAGUAGUUUGAGCUAUAAUAUGUGGUGUAGGCUUUUUUGGCUGGGCCAGCCUGUGGGUUAUAAUUUGUUUAACUUGUAAUCUGGAGAUCAGGAGGCCUCUGGGCUCAGUCCCUGACACCUCCACCUCUAUUUGCCAGUUUAAAGACAGAUCAUGUAACAGGUAAUAGGAAAGGGCUUUCUGUAGCUUGGACUGUGGAUUCCUCGAUCAUGAAGUUGGAAAAGGCCUCAUGGGCCAUGGAGUCCAAUCCCCCGGUCAGUGUCAGAUCUCCAGCUAGAGCAUCCCCAGCAGGGAGCUAUCCAAUCUCUUUUUGAAGAUGUCCAGAAAAGGAAACCCUGCCACUGCUCUAGGCGACUGGUUCAAUUGCCGAACCUCUCUUCUGUGACCUAGAACAGCAGCCAGAGUCAAGGUGGAGAGAUAGAAAAGUGUUUUAAGUGCACAAUGGUCUCUCACUGUUCACAACUGGGCUUGAAACAUCAAGGAGGUACCUGCCUGUUGCAAGUACCAGCUCCACUACAUUCCUGAGGAAGCUGAUCUUUGGCUGUGUUGUGACGACCUACACAAGGGCCCACAGAACCUUCUUGGGAGAUCACAAAGCAAACUGUGUUCCAGGUGUUUCCCUUCCCCUGGUUAAAGGCUAAGUCUAAGAGGAUCCAGCAGGAGAUCCUAGUGUUUGAAGUUAUAAGCAUAAACAGACUGAUAUGCAUGAGGCCUCAGAACCAGACUUGGGAGAAGCAGCAUCAGCCCCAAAUAACUAUAGCUAAGGCCUUGUGUAUCUAGUGAUGACCAGGAUGGGGCUGGACCUGGUAGCCUAGAGCCACGUUCCUUUUCCAGGUGGUGGCUCCCCAGGAAGGGGAUCACAGACUCCUGAGACUGAGAAGGAUCCUGGGGGCUCUUAUUUCAUCAUAAUCCUCCAUAGAUAAUCCCCCCUCCCUUUCUUCCCUUGGUUGUGCAAUAUCUUUUCAUUUUUAAAUUAUACUGCAUCUCCCUGGACUAUUUUUGAAACUGGGGUGACCAAGUGACUCUUAACAGCUGUUAGUUUUGUAAUGAUGACUUUCUCGAACCUUUUACAGACUUGCCGUUAACAGCGAUUAAAGGAGUUCUGCAGAAAUGA